AUGGUAGAAUUUGAUGGUGCACAUUCAUUGUCAUCUUCCGCAUCACAAACAUUUGAAGAUCAAAAUCGUUUACCGCAAAUUGAUGAUAUUGUUAAAUCAUCAAAUCGUACCUAUCAUUUGAUUGCUAUUUUAGGUGAGGGUGGAUAUGGGAAGGUAUUUCAUGCAAUACAAAAUGGCAAAAGUUAUGCAUUAAAAGCAGAAAAAUAUAAAAGUUCAAUGCUUCAUAUUGAAAUUGCUGUGCUAAAAACAGCACUGAAACGAGGAGCUGAGCAUAUUUGUGAAUUGCAUGAUUAUGGUGCAGUGAAACCAGACUUUGUAUUUAUGGUAGUAACACUUCUGGGCAAAGAUUUAUACAAAUUACGUAACGAGCAACCUGAUCGACAUUUCUCGAUCAGUUCUGCAGUUCGUGUUGGUAUACAUACCUGUAAAGCUAUUGAAGAAUUGCACAGUUGUGCAUUUCUUUCACGUGAUAUCAAACCAGGAAAUUAUGCAGUUGGAUUGGAAAUUAAUAAACAACAUAAAAGAUUUUUCUUAUUUGAUUUUGGUCUUGCAAGACGAUAUCUUGAUAAAAAUGGUAAGCAUCAAAAAUCGAGAGGUGAAAUUGGUUGGCGUGGUACCACUCGAUAUGGUUCACUGAAAGCUCAUCAAAAGCAAGAUCUGGGAAGACGAGAUGAUCUUGAAUCGUGGUUUUAUUGUUUGGUAGAAAUUACCUGUGGUAUGUUACCAUGGCGACAUGUUGCUGAUCGUGAUAUUGCAUAUCAAGGUAAGAUGAAGGCACGAAAGGAAGGACGAAAAGAAUUUCUAAUGAAUUGUCCAAAGCAAUAUGAUUUUAUUAUGGCACUUAUUGAUCGUUUGAAUUUUGCAGAUCAGCCAAAUUACAAUGAUAUAUACAAGCUUUUAGAUCAGAUACGGGAAGAACACAGUGUGCUGAUGGAUGAGCAAUACGACUGGGAAGAAGAUGAGACGACAAGUCCGCAGCAGUUGAAUGGUGCGCAAAUGACAGAGUAA